AUGUCCGACAUCAACCUUCAAGAAAUCCAUGACACCCUCGUGGAGGUCGCUUUCGAGGCCGGCAGAAUGAUCCUCGCCGCCAACCCGAACAACAUCGACAAGGGUUCAAAGAUGAACUCCGCCGACAUAGUAACCGAAACCGACCAAGCCGUCGAACGCAUGGUCUCUAACACCCUCCGCACCAAAUACCCUUCCUUCUCCUUCGUCGGCGAAGAGACCUACGUGGCCGGCGAAACCAAAGUCACCUCGGCGCCCACCUUCAUCGUCGAUCCCAUCGACGGCACCACCAACUUCGUCCACGGCUACCCGCACGGCUUCUGCAUCUCGCUCGGCCUCGCCCUCGACCGCCGCCCCGCCGUCGGUGUCGUCUACAACCCCGCGCUCGACACUUUGUGGACGGCCAUCAAGGGCCAGGGCGCUUACUGCCAGCGCAACGCCUCGCAAGAAGCUGGAAAGGGGCAGGGGCCCAAGCAAAAGCUGCCAUUGAACGGCGGUCAACCACUUGGUAAUCUGUCUACGGCGCUGGUCGCCGUCGAGUGGGGCAGCCAGAGAGAUGGAAACAACUUUGAUAUCAAGACGAGAGUGUUCAGGCAGUUGACUGCCUCCAAGGAGAAUGGAGGCAGCAUGGUGCAUUCCCUGAGGAGUCUGGGCAGCGCGGCGCUGAAUAUUUGCGCGGUGGCGGCGGGUCAGGUAGAUAUGUACUGGGAGGGCGGGUGUUAUGCGUGGGAUGUGUGCGCGGGUUGGUGUAUCCUGGAGGAAAGCGGCGGGAUCAUGGUUAGUGGGAAUCCCGGGGAUUGGAACCCGGAGCUGGAUUCGAGACUGUAUUUGGCUGUGAGGGGGGCGGAGAGCGGGCAGAAGGAGAUCGUGGAGGAGUUUUGGGGGGUUAUUGGGGAGGAUAAGAUGGAUUAUAAGCAUUAG